AUGGAUAAGAGCUGGAUAAAAUAUAAGUCAAAUAGUGCAGAGUACCGAGAAGGUGUUAGACAAUUUGUCUUGAAUUCCAAGCGGUAUGCAAGGAAUCCUGAGAUGAUUAUAUGUCCUUGCGUAAUUUGUCGAAACCUUAGCCCACAAACUGAUGACGAUUUGGUCAUACAUUUGAUGAGAUACGGCAUUGAUCCUGGAUACGAUAUUUGGUGUGCACAUGGUGAAGAUGCAAGUACAUCUGUCCAAGUUGAAGAUUGUGAAAUGUCAGAUCACUUUGAUGUGGAUUAUGAACUUCCAGAAGUGCAUCAAAUGUAUAAGGACGCAUGCUUCCCUUUUUCUGAUGGAGCUGGAAGCUCAAGGACUAUAAAUAUAGAGGAAGAGUAUAAAAAGAAAGUGGAGGAGGCUGAAGUUCCUCUAUUUCCAGGGUGUAAGAAGCACACAAAACUAUCAGCCACCCUUGUAUUGUACAAAUUCAAAGCUGCCAAUGGCCUUGCUAACUCGGCUUUUGAUGAAUUGCUACUGGAAAUCAAAGACAUGCUACCAGAAGUUAAUACUUUUCCUGAAUCUUUGUACACAAUAAAAAAGUUUUUGAAAGGAUUUGAUUUAGGGUAUGAGAAGAUUCAUGCAUGCAUCAACGACUGCUGCCUGUUCAGAAAAGAGAAAGAGCACAUGGAGAGAUGUCCCAAAUGUGAUGCUUCGAGGUGGAAAGCAAAUUCACGGACAAAAAAGGUAAAUAAGGGAGUUCCUGCAAAGGUCCUGCGCUACUUUCCUAUAGUUCCAAGGAUUCAAAGGAUGUUUCUUUCAGCAAAAAUAGGUGAGCAGUUAACUUGGCACUCUACUCAUCACAGUCAAGAUGGCAUGAUGCGUCAUCCAGUUGACUCGAUUCAAUGGCGUACUGUUGAUCAAAAGUGGCCAGCCUUUGCUUCUGAGCCAAGAAACUUGAGAUUUGGACUAGCCACUGAUGGGUUUAAUCCUUAUAAAAAUCUUAGUUCCACACACAGUAUUUGGCCAGUAAUUUUAGUCAUCUACAAUCUGCCACCUAAUGUUUGCAUGUCGUCAGAAAAUUUGAUGUUAAGCUUACUCAUUCCAGGCCCGAAACAACCAGGGAAUGACAUAGAUGUUUAUCUGGAGCCACUUGUAGAUGACUUAAAGGAGCUAUGGAAUAAUGGGGUGGAGAUGUAUGAUGCAUACAAGAAAGUCAUGUUCAACUUGAAAGCUAUCUUGCUGUGGACAAUAAAUGACUUUCCAGCAUAUGGCAAUCUAGCUGGUUUAACUACAAAAGGGGAGUUUGCAUGUCCUGUAUGUGGUCCUGAAACAUGCUCUAAAUGGUUACCACUUGCAAAUAAGACGGUUUACAUGGGUCACAGAAAAUUUCUUGGCCAAAACCACUCUUUUCGCUCUAGGCACAAGUGGUUUGAUGGAACGAAAGAAAGAAGGAGGCGGCCAAAGAUAUUUACUGGGUUGGCUGUUGUACAUGCCUUACGUGGGUUCAAAAAUGAUUUUGGCAAAAAAAAGAAUAACCCAAAAAGGAAAUACAAGAAAGGAGACCCAUCUAAAUUGCUGAAAAAGAAGUCAAUAUUUUUUGACUUGCCAUAUUGGGAGGUAUUGCCGUUACGUCACAAUCUAGACGUUAUGCAUAUUGAAAAGAAUGUGUGUGAGAGUGUGUUAGCAACCAUAUUAGAUGUUAAUGGCAAAUCAAAGAUUGAGAAUGAGUCCCGUAGAGAUCUGGAGUUACUAGAACUGAUGGAAGAUGUGCCUUUGGAAGAACAACGGGAUAAAUUAGAGCUACCAUCAGCACCUUACACAUUAACAAAGGUUGAGAAACCAAAAUUUUGUAGUAGGUUGUAUUUUCAAAGGUUCCCUGAUGGGUAUUGCAGCAAUAUCGGGAAUUGUAUCAAGUUGCAAGAGUGCAAAAUACUCGGUCUUAAGUCUCAUGACCAUCAUGUUUUAAUGCAACAGUUGUUGUCUGUUGCAUUAAAAGGGCUUUUACCUGAAGGGCUAAGAAAAGCAAUAUUUCGUCUAUCCUCAUUUUUCAAUGAGUUGUGUCAAAGAGUACUAGAUAGAAAAAGGUUGGAAGAGUUGGAAGAUGAGAUCAUAUUGACUUUGUGUCUGUUGGAGAGGUACUUCCCUCCGUCCUUCUUCGACAUUAUGAUUCACCUUACUAUUCAUAUUGGAAGAGAAGCUAAGCUAUGUGGUCCAGUGCAUUUUAGGUGGAUGUAUCCUUUUGAGAGAUAUAUGAAGGUACUUAAAGAUUAUGUUAAGAAUCGUGCUCGACCUGAAGGAUCUAUAGCUGAAAAUUAUUUAGCUGAUGAGUGCUUGAGAUUUUGUGGUCGAUACAUGAAACAAGUAGUUGAGAUAAGUUCUAAACGGAAACGCAAUGAAAGAGUUGAAGAUGAAUCAAUUGUAGAAGGGUCUACACUUUUAAAAGGGCGUUCAGUACUCUUAUCAGAUUCGGUGCACAAAGCUAUUCAUCUUUGUGUGCUUCUUAAUAGUGAAGAAGUAGUACCAUACAUUCAGGUUCAUAAAGAAGAGUUAACUCUUUCAGAUCCAGGUUUAAUAAUUGAUAACACAUUGCUAGAGAAAACUCAUUUAGAGACAUUCGUCGCUUGGUUACAAGCCAAGAUUAAGUCUGAAGCCAAUGUUACCACCUUAAUGUCAGAUACAUUGAAGUUGCUUGUGAAAGGGCCUAGAUAUUAUGCAAUGUCGCAUACUGGUUUUAUUAUAAAUGGAAGACGCUUUCACACAAUAGAUGCUAAUGUCUCUACACAAGAUUAUGGUGUCCAUAUUGAAGCAGAUACAAGUUUGAAUUAUUAUGGAGUUAUAAAAGAUAUUUUGGUCUUAGACUUCUACACAUUUCGGUUGGCUAUAUUUCAGUGUGAUUGGGCAAACAUUGUUAGUGGUGUUAAAAAAGAGGAGGGGUUCACCUUAGUUAACCUUCAUGAAGGUUUAAAUAAAAAGGAUCCAUUCAUUUUAGCAUCACAUGCAAAACAAGUGUUCUAUUCGAGAGAAACUGAAACUUCUAGUUGGUAUGUAGUACUGAAGGCUCCUCCAAGAGGUUUUCAUGAUUUAGAGGUUUUUGAUGAGAUUGUUUUUACAUCAUAUGUCCCCCAAGACGUAUCAGCACUUGACAUAGACAAUUGGGAUAGUGAUGAAAGUUGA